AUGACGCAACUGGAGGAUGAUGACCUUUUGAACAAUUUGCUGAAAAUACCGGGCACCAUCAUCAUCUACAAUAACGACAUGAGCUCCUAUGAUUACGUGCUGAAUGCUCACAAUGUGACGCUGCCUCUGACGCCGGCCACCUCCACCGCCGGUUCAGCCGCUUCCGAGCAAUCGGUGGACGAUUUGAAUAGCAGCGCAUCGAUCGAUACCGACCUGGCAGGCUCCCCGGUGCCCACAUACCAAAGCACCGGUGGAGCUAGCCUCCACCAUCCGCAGCUGCAGCCCGAUUCACCCGCAUCCAUCCUGAUGGAAACGCCCGGUUGCUCCGAGCUGGACCAGAGCUUCGGUAGCGUGGGCUACUCCGGGCCUCAGGACGAUCCCACCACGGGCCGGUCGUCGUCCCAUGUGGAAGAGGAAAUGGUGCUCGAAGGGAGCGAACUGGAGGACGAGCCGGACGAAACGGACCCCGGGGGGACGGUGACGUUGGUCGCCGACGAGGAAGACUCCGAGCCGGAGCUUACCAAUCUGUCCUGGUUGACGGAGCUAAAGAACAUCACCAACCUGACGCCCUCGGACGUGCCGCUGACGGAUUUGCCAACGGCUCGGUUUAACAAAUUUAUCGCACAAGUGCGAAGGAGCCGCGAGACGUACGACAAGCGCAAGGAGCAGUACACGUCACCGGCGAGCUCGCUGGAAAAACCUCCCUUCAACUAUGCACAAAUCAUCGCCAUGGCCAUGCUCGAGGAGGGCCGCAUGACGCUCAAGCAGAUAUGCAAAUGGAUUCAGGAGAAGUUUUCCUACUACAAGGUGCACAAAAACUGGAAUAAUUCCAUCCGACACAAUUUAUCGUUGAGUUUUUUCUUCACCAAAGUACAACGGGCCAAAGACGAGAAGGGUAAGGGCGGCUACUGGGAGCUGUCCAUGGAUGUGUCAAAAAGCGAGCGCCGGCGGAUUCGCAUACGGCAGCGUAACAAAGGGUCCAAUAUCACCAACAAUGGUGGUUGCGCCGCCGGAGGAAACAAUCGACGAACCUCGACGGCACCAAGGAUGCCGAAAGGAUCGUCCGGUGCUGGCGGGUCGGAGGCCAACGGUCAGGCUACCAGUAAUAACAACAACAAUGAGCGGACGGUCAACAAUAACCUCACGCCCGACAAACAGCCGGGUCCUGAUCCGACGGUUCCUUGCGAAGUGAUUGAGCAGGAAAUCGUCUUAGCAUCUUCGGAAACGGUCCCGUGCCCGACCGGUGCUACACUACUUACCGCUCUCGAUAGCAAUAAUAACAGUUGCCCACAGCAGCAACAAUCCAUCAUCCCGGUGCCGAUCGGGGUCACUAACGGCGAGGCACUGCCGGUGCAAAUCGAUAUAAUCGACAAUUACAGCAAGCCAUCGUCCGGGAUGGAUAUGAUCGUUGAACUCCCGACGCCGGACCCUACGCCGGUUACGCAGACGAUGGACGUCACGGAGGAAAUGCCCGGUACCGGGUCGGUGGGCUCCAAUCUGGUCGCCCAAACGACGGUCCCCCCGGAUCAUCUGGUGGUAAACGAGGAUCAGUUGAUCCACGCCAGUGCGCUGGUGGAAAACUGUACGAUCAACUUCGAUUCCAUCAUGAACGGUGAUAACGGUGCCAGCAUUUUCAGCAGUCUCAACGUGGAUGAGAUUUUCUCCGACAAUGAAAUACCACAACCGGCGAACGACGACAUUAUUGUGCCAUUCUUUAGCAACGUCCAGCAGGUCCAGACCGGACCGAACGUGGUCGUUGAGACCAUACCCUACUAUCUGCCCGACAUGGGCAACUUCGACGAGAGCGAUUUUGGCAAUUUGAUCAACAUUAACGAGCAGGAAAUAAGUGACGAGUUUCUGAACGAGCACGGAUUCCUGUAG